ACAGCGUUUGAAAGACUGUAGAUCCGAUUCGAGAGAGAGAUGGCAGAAACCGCUCCAGCCCCGGCUGCUGCCGCCCCGGCCAAAGCGCCCAAGAAGAAGUCAGCUGCGAAAGCCAAGAAAGUAGGUCCAGGUGUCGGUGAGCUCAUCGUCAAAGCUGUGUCCGCAUCCAAGGAGAGGAGCGGCGUGUCCCUCGCCGCCCUGAAGAAAGCAAUCGCCGCCAGCGGCUACGAUGUGGAGAAGAACAACUCCCGCGUCAAGAUCGCCAUCAAGAGCCUGGUGACUAAAGGCACUCUGGUGCAGGUCAAAGGGACCGGCGCUUCCGGCUCAUUCAAGCUCAACAAGCAGAAAGCCGAGACCAAGAAGAAGCCGGCCAAGAAAGCGGCUCCUAAAGUGAAGAAGCCCGCGGCCAAGAAACCCGCUGCUGCCAAGAAGCCCAAGAAAGCAGCGGCAAAGAAGCCCGCCGCCAAGAAAUCGCCCAAGAAGGCCAAGAAACCCGCCGCCACAGCCGCUAAGAAGGCGACGAAGAGCCCCAAGAAGGCAAAGAAACCAGCAGCCGCUAAGAAAGCAGCCAAGAGCCCCAAAAAGGCCAAGGCGGCUAAACCUAAGGCGGCAAAGCCUAAAGCCGCCAAGCCUAAAAAGGCAGCGCCCAAAAAGAAAUAAAAUCUUUACUGUUUCUCCUCAACGGCUCUUUUAAGAGCCACCCACCAACUCUGAAUAAAGAGCAAAACUCUGAUGUUAAUGAUUUGAUCAACAAUUUUAAUAGUUGUGGAAGUAAGUUUUUGUAAAAGCUUAAAAUUUGUUAACAUGCGUUUUCUGGACGCAACAUUUAAAUCACAAAACAGCAAAGAAACAUUCUACAAUAUAUAUUUUUUAAUUGCCUCAUGUAUUUACUGGUUUUAAAAGUUGAAAUUCAGUAUGCAGUGGUUAGUAAUUCAGUGAUUGCUGCAACCGAUUUGAUCCCAGUUUCACAGAAAAGGCUUUAGCUAGUCCUAGACUAAAAUGCAUGUUUGAGCUGUUUAAAGUAAAAGUAAUUUGCACUGACAUAUCUUAAAGUAUGUAAGCACCAUUGUUUUGUCUUAAGAUGCACAAAAGUGAUGCUUUUUUUUUUGUUGUUUUUUUUUCUAAGGUACUUUUAUAAAAGCCACAUAUAAAUGUCCUAAUAGAACCAAGGCCAAAUAUAAGCCCUGUCAGUGAAACCAGGCCUAUAUCUUGUAUAUCUAUAUUAAAGUAAAUUAUUUGUAAAACUUAUGUUAAAAUAUGGUUUCACCACUUUAGUUUGACUGAAAAUGUUUUACACAUGCUGG